CUAAAAGCAAAGCAAAGCAAAGCAAACGGAGCAAACCCUACACGACGGGAACGGGAACGGGAACGGGAACGCAGACGCGAGCUCCGUCCACCGUCUCUACCCUCCCAUUAUAAAAGUCCGCCAUCGCCUCCUCCGCCGAACCUCUCCUCCCUUCAUCUCUCAACCCACCCCCACAUGCUGAUCGGUCAUCGUCGCCUACCAUGAGCAACAUCCCCAGAUCCUUCACCGACUCCUCCUUCACCCUCUUCCAGCUGGCCAUCUCCUCCUCCGACCCCUGGCCCUUCUCUCUCGCCGCCUCCCUCUAACAUCAGUCCCUCCAUCUCCGUCCCUCUCUCCGCCUCUCCCUCUCUCUCUCUCUCUCGCCCUGUGUGUUGGCUUGUUUCUUUGUUUUUUUCCCUAAUGGGAAGCGGGGACAAGCUGUUCUUCCACCUGCACUUGCCUUACCACCACCACCAGCAGCAGCAGCACCAGCAGGCGCGGCAGCACGAGCAUGACGUGCCGAAGGGGUGCCUGGCGGUGAUGGUGGGGCAGGGCGAGGAGGAGAGGAGGAGGUUCGUGAUACCCGUGAUGUACGUGAACCACCCGCGGUUCGUGCAGCUCCUCAAGGAGGCCGAGGAGGAGUUCGGGUUCGAGCAGAAGGGGCCCAUCACCAUCCCCUGCCAGGUCGAGGAGUUCCGCUCCGUCCAGGAGUCCAUCGACCGGGAGAGCUCCCUCCACCACCACCACCCCUCCUCUCACGGCAGCGGGCACGGCCACGGCCACCACCACCACCACCACCACCACGCGUGGUGCUUCAGGGUUUGAUCACACGGACACCAUUUUCUUCUUAUUAUCACAUGCUAGCACGUCCUUUCAUUGUUAGAUAUUGUUCUGGGUCGGUCGAUGAUGCGUGAAUCACUUCUGCAACUUUGAAGAGUCACCUUGUUCUUUUUUUUUUUUCCCCUUUUUUUUCUUUCUUAUGGCUUCUUUUUAGGUCCUUUGUAUCAGCUGAAAUUUUUUGCGGGGCGGCAAUGCUCGGGGUUGUUUCGUUGGAGACGAUGAUGUCGACGAAAGCGUCUGGUCUGAUGAACGUGAAUGCUUUGAUUUCCAUAUUUUCUUUCUCCCUAUUCCUGUAAAUAUUCUCGACGGGAAAAGCGAAAAGAAGGAAUAUUUGCUUUUAUUUGUAAAUUAAUGUGUUUUCCCUUUACCGGUUCGAUAGCAGUAUCGAUCAUUUAUGGAAAUGAAAAAUAUAUAAAUAAAACUAUGUUGUGAAUUGCUGAUCA